AUGCGGGAUGUCGGGCCUUGGGUGAGCCAACUUGACCUGGACAAGACCGAGGAAGGCUACGAGCUCACAUUAUCUUUGGACGGUGGAGAUGUCGCCGCCUCGUCCACUGAAUCAGUGGAGCUCUUGAUCAACAGCUCCGACGGCAAGAGGCACUUCGUUUUGCCCAAGACAGGCUCUGGAACUGGUGGUCUUCUUAAGGUGAGAACCGAGGAGGAGCUCAGCCCUUCCGGCCUGGAGGCAGUGCAGGUCACCUUGGCGGAGUACAACGGCAACGCCCACGGCCCCGAAGCUUUGGCCUGCCAUCCCAGCGAGCGCGAGUCGCGCGAGUCGCGCGUGGUCUGUUUGCGCAAGCAGAUGCCGCAGCCGGAGAUGCCGGAGAUGCCGGAGAUGCACCAGAUGCCGCAUGCUGAGCGGGCUCGAGCUCCGUCCGCGCCGACCGGGCGGCCCAUGCCCGUGAUGCACCCUUUGUUGGGCGACCGGUGCUCAGAGAUGAGCGUUUGCCCAGCUGGCAGCGAAUGCAAGGCUGGACGCUGUAGAGCAUUGGUUGAGCCCAAUCUGCGUGGCAGCCCAGUGUCUGGAGCGGGCGCAGAGAUGUGGGUGGCAUGUGCGCUCGUAAUCCUCGUGUGCCUGUGCUCUGCUGCACUCCUGACGCGUGGGGACCGCGGCGCCCGAAAGUUUCAUGCCAUGCCGAAGGUGGUGGGCAAAGGCGACCUGUCGCCCGCGGCCGCGAGCAAAUUCCGUGAAGCGUCAGACAGCGAGGAGGAGGACUUUCGGGCAUUCUAG